GGCGUGGCCGGCCUGGUCAUCAGGGGAGCUCUCCAAUCUCCCAGCUCCUCCCCCAGGCCAAGCCCUCCAGAGCCCCGAAGCCCUGAAGACUGAGAGCUGUUGGAGUGUCCACCCUGCUCAGCUGGCCCAGGCCCUGCUAGUCAGCAUGGCUGCUGGGAAGGGGGCUCUGCGGGGCCCUUCAGCUGAAAACAGAUGGCGGCUCAGUGAAGCCGAGCCGGGCCGGGGCCACAAGCCUGUACUGCUGGAGAAAACGAACCGCCUGGGCUCCAAGGUUGCCACGGGCAGUCGUGGCUGGGAUGAGGCCUGUGCUGAGACGGCGCUGUCGGCAACCCCGGGCAAGCUCAGACUGGGAAAGCUGGUGCUGCGGAACACAGGUUGGGCACAGGGGCAGAGUGCCUUCACGGAGGUGCCUCCGCUCCAGAAGAGGCUGGGGGGCAGGCAGGCCCAGGAGAGGGAGCACAGUGGUCCUGCAGGCCAGCCUGGCUCCCGGGAGCUGACCCAGGAUGUCCCCAAGGACCCAGCAGGCAGCACGCUCUUCUCAGUGUGGCCCAGUGGAGCCAGAGGGGAGCAGAGAAGCGCCUUCAGCAAACCAGCCCAGGGUCCAGCAGGAAGACCUGGGCCGACCUCUGUCUUCCAGGCAGGAGGGCCUGCACACGCCCUGGGGGAGCUCCUGGGACUCAUCAGCACGGUAGACAUCCCUGGGUGGGGUCGACUUUCAAAUUCCAAGCUUUUGGUGACUGAUUUCUGGAACCUGCAAAUGUCGCCAGAAAGCACUCCUCUCUGCAGCCCUUUCCUGGGUACGCCUACGCUGUGGCUCAAGCAGGCUGCGGCCCAGACACCUACGCCCUCGGCAGCCUUCUCCACUGCCUCCUGGGCCCUCCUGCCACCCACGUUCACCUCCCUUGGCCUGUCCACCCAGAACUGGUGUGCAAAGUGUAACCUCUCCUUUCACCUGACCUCCGACCUGGUCUUCCACAUGCGGUCCCACCACAAAAAGGAGCAUGCAGGGCUGGACCUCCAUUCUAGGAAGCUGAGAGAAGAGGCCCUCACAUGCCCCCUUUGCCACGAAUACUUCCGGGAGCGCCACCAUCUCUCCCGGCACAUGACUUCUCACAGUUAGCAGGUGGCCGUGGAACAGACCUCUGGGUGCCGCGUCCGGGAUGUGGUGAUGUGGCGGAGCUGGGCCUUCCUUUGAAAAGGCUGGUCACGGUCGUCUG